AUGCCCCAGCACGCCGCCGUGUACGGUGCACAAAUUGCCGCCAGGUGUCAUUUGCUUGGGACCGUGUGCGUGCAGCGCAGGCUGGCGGGCGCCUCCACAGCGUUCCGACACGCAGCCCCGUUCGGACAGAAGGCGUGCUGGCAUUCGCAGCGAGAGUGCAACCUCGCGAGACGGCGGGCCAGGACCGCGCAGGCUUUGUUGUUGUACAGUCGGACCGAGGUAUACGAUCGAGGUCGAGUCGGGGAGGUUACCCUUGCCCUCCUGUAUGUCGCGUUGCAGUGCGAAAGCCUGCAGCUUUGA